AUGGCGGACCGGGACAUCGAGCUGAACAUUCUGAACUUGAAGGAGGACUCGCUGGCCCACGGCAGCAGCUACAGCAUGAGGGAGCCCGUCUACGACAUCCCCCGCCGCCCGGGCGCCGUGCAGCGAUGGCUUGACACCUUUCGACGGGACCCGACCCAGCGGAUCACGCCUAAGGGCAUCAUCGGCGACGACGGCAUCCCGAUGCACAUGCGCGACCCUCACGGCGGCCACUACUACGACAUCCGCGCCGCCAACAUCCGGACCGCCAACUCGGGCCUGCUGAGGGAGCUCAAGGGCAGGCACUUGCAGAUGAUUGCUAUCGGUGGCUCUAUAGGUACGGGUCUGUUCGUUGCGUCCGGCAAGGCUCUCAAUACCGGCGGCCCUGCGUCGGUUCUAAUCGCAUAUCUUUUCAUCGGUGUCAUGUUGUACUGUACGGUGCAAGCCCUCGGUGAGCUUGCAGUCGUUUUCCCCGUCGCCGGUUCCUUCUCAGCCUACUCAACACGAUUCUUGGACCCGGCUUGGGGGUUUGCUAUGGGUUGGAACUAUGCUCUACAAUGGCUCGUCGUACUGCCGCUGGAGAUCAUUGCUGCCGCGAUAACGAUAGAAUACUGGAACGACUCGCUGGACAAAGCAAUCUUUGUGACCAUCUUUCUUGCAACCAUCAUCACCAUCAACUUAUUCGGCGUCAAAGGCUACGGUGAAGCCGAGUUCGUCUUCGCCAUCAUCAAAGUCACAGCCGUGAUUGGAUUUAUCCUGCUCGGUGUAGUUAUCAACAUUGGAGGCAAGCCUGGAGGCGGCUAUAUUGGCGGGAGUUACUGGCAUGACCCGGGUGCUUUCCACAACGGAUUCAAGGGGUUAUGCAGCGUGUUCGUUACGGCUGCUUUCGCCUUCGCCGGCACAGAACUUGUCGGUCUAGCGGCCGCUGAAACCCAGAACCCUCGCAAGUCACUGCCGACCGCCAUCAAGCAGGUGUUCUGGCGUAUCAGUCUCUUCUACGUCGUGGCGCUAACGCUGGUCGGAGUCCUCGUGCGUUAUGAUGAUACUCGACUGCUAGGGACCUCCUCUUCGGAUUCCAAGGCCAGCCCCUUUGUUGUUGCCAUCCAGGAUGCUGGCAUCGACGUCCUCCCCGGCGUCAUGAACGCCGUCAUUCUCGUGGCGGUGAUGAGCGUGGGCAACUCCGCGGUCUUCGGCUCGAGCCGUACGCUCGCCGCCCUGGCCGACCAGGGCCAGGCACCCAAGAUCUUCGGCUACAUCGACCGCCGGGGCCGUCCGCUGGUGGCGAUAGUGCUCGCCUCCCUGAUCGGCUUCCUCGCCUACCUCUCGGACACGGAGGAGCAGUCGGACGUGAUGGACUGGCUGAUGGCCAUCUCGGGGCUCUCGUCCAUCUUCACGUGGGGCAGCAUCUGCCUGGCGCACAUCCGCUUCCGCAAGGCGUGGCGGCGCAAGGGCCGCAGCCUGCACGAGCUGGCCUUCCGGGCGCAGGCGGGCGUGGCCGGCAGCUGGGUGGGGCUGACGCUCAACGGCAUCGUGCUGGUCGCGCAGUUCUGGGUCGGCGCGUGGCCGCUCGGCUACGCGGACCAGUCCGCGGCCGCCAACGUGCAGAACUUCUUCCUGCAGUACAUGGCGGUCCCCAUCGUCCUGCUCUUCUGGCUCGCCUACAAGCUCUACUACCGCACCAGCAUCGUCCGCGUCGACGACAUGGACAUCGACACCGGCCGCAGGGACUUCAACCUGCCCAUCCUCAUGGCCCAGGAGAUGGAGGAGAAGCGCGCCUGGCCCCGGUGGAAGAAGCUCUAUCGCUUCUUCUGCUGA